AUGGCUUCGUCAAGCAGAAGCAACUCAAGCAAGGGUACAACACCAGCUGCAAAAAGCCCGCAUACCGCAUACCCACCUCCUGGCAAUAACGCUUCAAUAUUGCUCGAGAAAACUCGCCAAGGUGUUCGAAAAUCUACCCCUGAUUCGGAGGUUUUGGCUUCCUCUGACGAUGAAGGAGAUCAUCACCCCACCCAAGUCGCAGCCGCUCCUGUAUUUAAGCCUACGCGACGCACAUCAUGGCUCAACGAAGUUCCCACUUCUUUGGCUCGAAAAACUUCACUGCCAACUGGCUCUUCAUUUUCAGCUACAAAUUCUAACCCGACAACGCCAGCCGCUGAACCGACUUCAUGGGGUAGUGCGACUAGCCCGGGACUUAAUGCAUCACUUGGUUGGGGAUCGUCAGGCGCUGGAUCUUCCCCGUGGGGAACUGCCAUUUGGAACUCAGAGACACGCAAAGAACCCCCAUUGAGGCUGACAGAAGUUCUCCAAUCACCAACUUCCUCGAAUAUGCCAACUUUAUCCUCAAACAACAACGGAGACGACGUUCUCAGCCCUCUAGCACGAACCAUCUCUGGGGACUCCAACAUCCCCUUCGCAAUUCCUCUUCAUCCUACCCCCAAAACAUAUCGUUCCCAGUCGUACUCUGUUGGCCAGCUAGAUCCAGAAUCAAUCAGUUUGCCGUCCUCUGCCGCUGGAAUGCCUACGCCAACCACACGCAGAGGGCCCAGUGCCCAAUUCUCAGUCCAGCGCCGUUCUUCUCGACCUAGCAUGCUCGGGGAGCUGGGACAUGAUCCUGCAACCCUUGGGCGUGUUCGUGAAGAUGAAGAUGACAGCCAUCACCACCACCCCAGUACCUCCGAAACCGGAUAUAAUUGGGCCCAGACACGUCGCAUGGAACAACUCUAUUUGGAAAAUGCUCUUCUACGCCAAGCAGCAUCUAGCCAACUUGAAAACUCUAGGUUCCGCGAUCGUGCCAUGUCCUCAGUUUCUGCAACGAGUGGAUUCUCCAUUGCUCAAGGGCAUAACCCCCAUCGUCUCCCUGGAAGUGUCCCAGAAGAGAGAGUGGCAGUGGAGGAUCAUGACGAGCUGGGAGAGAUUCCUGGAUAUAGCAAUUCCAGGAGCAAUGGGCGGAGAAGGCUCAGUGAACAUUCAACUAACCUUGAAAAGCAAUUCCCGGCUUUUAGUUCUUUGGAGAACCGUACGUUAGAAAAUAUUAAAAAGGCCCACUGGCAAACCUCGCUUGGCUUUGGUGGAAUACCAGAAGGACCCCAGAGUCGUCGCCACUCUUUCGCUGAUAUUCCCAUGAGACACCCAUCUAUCAGCUCUUCCACUGAUUCUCAACAAGCUGCCAUUGGCUCCGUGGGUAACCGAGAAGAUAGCCUCGGAAAUUAUGCUGAUGGAACCCUUACUUCUUCCGUUGACAACAAUCGUGAGUAUCUCCAAUUUUGUUUGAAUCAUCACCGUACAGCCCAUACAACAGGACAGGAUCGUUUACAGGCCCGUCUACAUGCAGCUUCUUACUUCAAUGGACACGAUAACCCUCUCCGCGCUCCCGAAAAUAUCGCUUCCUCCGGGAUGUCCACCUCCCUCCACCAGGCAUAUGUCAUGCCCAACGCCUUUGGCCGUCAGCACUCGAAUUUGGCCCACGCGCACCAUAACCAGCAGCUUUUCAUUGUCACAUUCAAAUGCUAUAGGGCCGAUGUGUUCUAUAUCCAGGAAGAUACUGGAUUGCAGGUGAAUACCGGUGACCUUGUCAUCGUUGAAGCAGAUCGCGGCACGGAUCUUGGCACAGUUAGUCACGCAAACGUAACCUGGGCGAAAGCUCGCGAAUAUAAAGAAUAUUACGCAGAGGAACAUUACAAAUGGCUUAUGUUAUUCUCACGCCAAAGCCAGUCGGGUGCUCCGAAUGCAGUGAAUCCGAACGGCGUUUCCAACUUGAAUGGCGCCCCUGGUAGUGCUGUGGGCGGUAUGGGCCAACAGAGUCAACAUGGAAUGCAAGAACCACAGGGUGGAGAUAUUAAGCCCAAGCUGAUUAAGCGGCUUGCUCAAAACCACGAAAUUGAAACUCUCCGUGAGAAGGAAGGGAAUGAAGCCAAGGCAAAGCGUGUUUGCCAGCAAAAGGUAGCCGAGCACCGGCUUAAUAUGGAAAUUCUGGAUGCCGAGUUCCAAAUGGACUGGAAAAAGCUCACAUUCUAUUAUUUCGCUGAUACCUACAUCAAUUUCAACUCCCUUGUCACAGAUCUGUUUAAAAUCUAUAAGACAAGAAUCUGGAUGUCCGCCAUUAACCCAGCUUCCUUCGUUACGCCAACUGCUGGACUCUCUAGUGCCAUGGGGUUUAGUCAAGAAAACCACCCAGACCGACGCCGGCCCCAUGACUUUAAGCCGUUUACUCCAGGCGCUGGCCAAGGUGUGACAGGGGGAUAUGCAGACGCUGCCGCCAGAGAUAUUGCUGGAACCGCGCGGAGCACGUACAGGGACCCUUACCAGGCCUUUGCUGCUGGCCGACAAGCUGAGCUGGGGCUGUCAAGCUUUUCACAAGGUCUGCAACCGCAAACAGAUCCGUUCUCUUCUCUCCCUUCAACCAACUACGGGACUGGGGACCCGAACCUGGGCGACUUCAACAGUGCCGCUGGGUUGGGACCAGCGGGCCGCCAAACCCAUCCCACACAAGGCGAUUGGACAAAUCGCUUCCAAGGCCUUUCACUCGGUUCAUGA